AGAGAGAAAGAGAGGUUGAAUUGGGAGAUUGGAGGAAGAGGAGAUCUUCAACAGGCUGCGGGCAGAGAAGCGGUUGGGGUCAAGAAACGUCGGUUUGGACAGUUGUGAGAAGGGCAUCUUUGAUGAAGGGCUCGGCGGGUCCUAGAUCUGUCAAUAGCACGAAUCUUGAUGGACACGUAACUUCCGGUAUAUCGUAUUCACAGCUGGUCAGCAGCCUAUAUAAGACCAGCGACCGCCUCCCUAACCUCCCCAACUCAGCCCCCUCUCCCAGGCUCCGCCCUCUGGUUUCCAAGCUGCCGAUCAACACAGCAAUGGAUCCCUCUGCUUCCAAGGUGCAGAAAUCAAAGGCAGCAACGGAUGCCACUGUAUCCAAGGAUGAAGGCAGCGACAUCUCCAAGUACUCGCAGAGCGUCCCCGACGUCGGGUUCAAGUACGGCGCCAACCAAGAUGGGGUCCCUUCUGCCUGGAGCUUGCAAGACCGACUCCUCCUCUGCCAAGGGGAACGCUGCUGGCUCCAAGAUCUCACAAGCAACGCACCGCCGCCUCCAACAACAGGCUUCCAAGAUCCGAGGGAUGAGCAGGUGAAUGAUGUGAGCAGGGGGUUCAUUGAUCGGUUACAGCUGUGCAAGGACGAACGUCGCCAACUCCAAGAGCAGGGUCUAUCGAAAGCACAGGCUAAUGCCUGUAAGAAGCUUGUUCUCGACUAUCUGAAGAUAAAACAGGAAAGAAAGCAUUCUUCUGCUAAAGCAAGAAAGGGAAGGCGAAAUCCCGAUGCUCGCCACAUUGAAGCUACUGUGGAACCACUCGGUCCGAAGAAGUAACAUCGUGUUUGAAGGUUCUUUGCUGAUUCGGCCAGUUGAUUCACUCGCUUGUUAUAGUUGCCAUUGUUGCUACUUUCUCUUUGUUCGUAGUGUCUCGUUGUCUCAAAUGGCUAUUGAAUGGUUCUUCGGUCUGUAAUAACUGCAAUUCCUGAACCCAAACUGGAAGUUGCAACGAUAUCAUGUAGCAUUUGUCCUUCAAUUUUAAGAAGGUCAAACAUCAUCUCAGAGUGGCUUUUCACUCUUCUUGGAAGAUGGCUUUUUACUCUUUACACAUCAAUAUAAACUGUCAAAGAAGAGAUUCUUGUCUACAAGACAUCUUCUUUCUUGGUGACUUGACAGAUGACGAUCUCCUCUGAAAUCACUGCCACAAUUGUCUUAAACACACCUCCUCGUCUUCGCAUCUGUGCAACUUAAAGACAUGGAUUAGAUGGUAACUGUUGUUGCUCAUUUGUCCGCCCUUUGGAUGCAGCUCUACCUCCCAUGUAUGCUAUAAGCUCAAACCGGAUCGGGUACGGACGGGUCUCAAUACCACAUUAGAUUCACCCGCCCA